AUGCACGGAAGUGAUAUGUCUGGUGUAGAUGAUAUACCUGACACUAAUGAUCAUGGUAUACCUAAUAAUAUAAAUAAUAAUUACAAUAACAAUAAUAAUAACAACAACAACAACAACAAUAAUAAUAUUCCACAAUUUAGAGACGAUAAUUCAUUAGUUAGUAGUGAAAACCAAUUCGAAGCUCAUAUUACUAAACCUUUUACAGUUAAAAAUAAAAAUAAUCAAAAUAAUGGAAAUUUGGUAGAAAUUAGUACUUUAUCAAAUACUCCUUCAUUUACUGAUAUUACACCAUCUUCAGUCAACAGUAAUAAUAACACUAAUAAUAAAAAAAUGGAAAAUAUUCAAUAUGAUGAAGUUAAAAUAAAUUCUCACGAUGAUGAUGAGUACGAAGGGAAAGAUACAAAUGAUCGUAUUGACAACGAUAGAAUCAUUAUCAAACCAGUGAAUGACGAAGAUGAUACUUCUGUUAUCAUUACAUUCAAUCAAAAAAUGUCUCCAUUUAUUAUUAUCUUGACAUUUGUUGCAUCUUUAUCUGGUUUCUUAUUCGGUUAUGAUACUGGUUAUAUUUCAUCUGCUUUAGUCUCUAUCAAUAAAGACUUAGAUAAUAAAAUACUAACAUAUGGUGAUAAAGAAAUUAUUACUGCUGCUACUUCAUUAGGUGCUUUGAUAUCAAGUAUCUUUGCGGGUACUGCAGCUGAUAUAUUUGGUAGAAAACCUUGCAUUAUGUUCUCAAACGUUAUGUUUGUCAUUGGUACAAUUAUUCAAAUAUCGGCGCAUACAUUUUGGCAAAUGGCUGCAGGUAGAUUGGUUAUGGGGUUCGGUGUUGGUAUCGGUUCUUUAAUUUCUCCUUUAUUUAUCAGUGAAAUUGCUCCAAAGAUGGUUAGAGGUAGAUUGACCGUGAUUAACUCCUUAUGGUUGACAGGUGGUCAAUUGAUUGCUUAUGGUUGUGGUGCAGGGUUGAAUCAUGUACAUAACGGUUGGAGAAUCCUUGUGGGUUUAUCUUUGAUUCCAACUUGUUUACAAUUUGUAUUUUUCCUAUUCUUACCAGAUACUCCAAGAUAUUACGUUAUGAAAGGUAGAUAUGAAGAAGCUAAAGGAGUGCUACGUAAAAGUUAUAUUGAUACAACAGAUGAAAUUAUUGAACAAAAGAUUCAUGAAUUAAGAGAAUUGAAUAAAUCGAUUCCAGGUAAAAAUAAAGCUGUGCAAGUAUUGAAUACUAUCAAAGAAUUACACACUGUUCCAUCGAAUCUAAGAGCUUUAAUCAUUGCUUGUGGGUUACAAGCUAUUCAACAAUUCACUGGUUGGAAUUCGUUAAUGUAUUUCUCUGGUACCAUUUUUGAAACUGUGGGUUUCAGUAACUCGAGUGCCGUUUCGAUCAUUGUCUCAGGUACUAAUUUCAUCUUCACUUUAAUUGCAUUCUUUGCAAUCGAUAAGAUUGGUCGUCGUGUGAUUCUAUUGAUUGGUUUACCAGGCAUGACUGUUGCAUUGGCCAUUUGUGCUAUUGCUUUCCAUUUCAUCGGUAUCAAAUUCGAUGGUAAUGAUGCAGUGGUGUCCAAUGGUGGGUUUUCAUCAUGGGGUAUUGUUAUUAUUAUCUUCAUCAUUGUAUUUGCAGCAUUCUAUGCCCUAGGUAUUGGUACUGUUCCAUGGCAACAAUCUGAACUAUUCCCUCAAAACGUUAGAGGUAUUGGUACCUCGUAUGCAACUGCUACAAACUGGGCUGGUUCUCUUGUUAUUGCAUCUACAUUUUUAACUAUGUUACAAAAUAUUACACCAACAGGUACAUUUGCAUUCUUUGCCGCUUUAUCAUUCCUAUCGGCAAUUUUCUGUUAUUUCUGUUAUCCUGAAUUAUCAGGUCUAGAAUUAGAAGAAGUUCAAACUAUAUUGACUGAUGGGUUUAAUAUCAAGGCUUCAAAGGCUCUUGCUAAGAAGAGAAAGAGACAAGCAAGAAUGGUUCAAGAACAUUUGAAAUAUGAACCGACUCAAGAAAUCAUCGAGGAAUAG